AUGAGCUCCAAUCAGAUCCCCAUCCCGGGCCCUAAGGGAGUUCCGUUCUUGGGAAAUAUCUACGAUAUCGAGCCCGAGCUCCCCGUGAAUAGCUUCGAACGACUGGCUGAGAACUAUGGCCCCAUUUUUCGAUUGACCACAUUCGGCAGACCUCGAGUGUUUGUCAGCUCGCAUGAGUUGGUGGACGAAGUGUGUAAUGAAGAACGGUUCAGCAAAAUGGUCUCAGCCGGUCUGCAUGAGAUCCGCAACGGUGUGAACGAUGGUCUCUUCACGGCCAACUACCCCGGCGAAGAGAACUGGGCAAUUGCCCACCGUGUGCUCGUUCCGGCGUUUGGCCCGCUCAUGAUCCGCGGAAUGUUCGAUGAAAUGUAUGAUAUCGCUACACAGCUCGUCAUGAAGUGGGCGCGUCAGGGCCCUGCCACACCGGUCAUGGUCACGGACGACUUCACCCGCUUAACUUUGGAUACCAUUGCCCUUUGUGCAAUGGGUACCCGCUUUAACUCCUUCUACCACGAUGAAAUGCAUCCGUUUGUCGAAUCGAUGGUGGGAUUGCUGGCUGGGUCCGGCAGCCGAGCUUUGAAGCCUGCUUUGCUGAACAGCCUGCCCACUGCAGAGAACUCCAAGUACUGGAGUGACAUUGAGUACCUGCGAAAUCUUGCUCGUGAGCUGGUCGAUUCACGAAAAGAGAACCCCGUCGAGAAGAAGGAUCUUCUCAAUGCGCUGAUUUUGGGCCGGGACCCCCAAACCGGUCAGGGCAUGACAGACGAAUCGAUUGUCGACAACAUGAUUACAUUUUUGAUUGCUGGCCACGAGACGACUUCUGGCAUGUUGUCCUUCUUGUUCUACUAUCUGCUGAAGAGCCCCAAUGCAUACAAGAAGGCGCAAGAGGAAGUGGACCGUGUGAUCGGCAAGCGCAAGAUCACUGUUGAAGAUAUGUCGAAACUGCCGUACAUCACUGCUGUGAUGCGUGAGACGCUGCGUCUUAAGCCAACUGCCCCAAUGAUCGCCUUGCACCCCAACCCUACUAAGAACCACGAGGACCCUGUCACACUGGGAGGUGGCAAAUAUGUCCUCAACAAGGACGAGACUAUUGCCCUCGUUCUCACUAAGAUGCAUCGUGACCCCAAGGUGUAUGGUCCCGAUGCUGAUGAAUUCAAACCCGAGCGAAUGCUUGAUGAAAACUUCGAGAAACUGCCCAAGAAUGCUUGGAAGCCAUUUGGAAAUGGUAUGCGAGGCUGCAUUGGAAGACCCUUUGCCUGGCAAGAGGCUCUCCUUGUGGUUGCAAUCUUGCUUCAGAACUUCAAUUUCCAGAUGGACAACCCUACCUAUGACCUCCGCAUCAAGCAGACCCUUACCAUCAAACCCAAGGAUUUCCAUAUGAGGGCAACUCUGAGAGACGGUCUUGACCCUACUCAACUCAGCGCGACCAUCAGUGGCUCGGCUGCGGCGCCCACUGAAAAUGGUGCUGGUAGCCGGGAACGCAAGCCCAAGGUCGCCCCCGUCGAUGGAAAGCUCAAGCCCAUGCACGUUUUCUAUGGCAGCAACACUGGAACUUGUGAGGCUUUGGCCCGGAGACUGGCUGACGAUGCCACCGGCUACGGAUACGCAGCCAAGACUGGGUCUUUGGACUCGACCAUGCAAAAUCUUCCCAAGGAUGGCCCCGUGGUCUUCAUCUCGGCUUCGUACGAGGGACAACCACCGGACAACGCUGCUCACUUCUACGAGUGGUUCAGUGAGCUGAAGGGCAACGAGUUGGAAGGUGUCAACUAUGCCACUUUUGGUUGUGGUCACCAUGACUGGUCCACGACUUUCUACCGUAUUCCCAAGGCUAUCGACGAGCUGGCGAACAAGAAUGGAGCCAACAAGCUCUGCGACAUCGGUCUUGCUGAUGCAGCAAACUCUGACAUGUUCACGGAUUUCGAUGGCUGGGGUGAAAGCUCAUUCUGGCCGGCCGUGAUGGCUAAGUUCGGUGGGGCCGGUCCUGAACAGGCGGCGAAAUCGAAAUCGUCAUUGCAGGUCGAAGUCAGCUCGGGCAUGCGUGCUUCCACCCUUGGACUUCAGCUUGAAGAAGGAUUUGUUAUUGAGAACCAGGUCCUGACACCCCCAGAAGCCCCGGCCAAGCGAGUCGUCAAGUUCAAGCUACCAUCAGACAUGACAUACCAGUGUGGUGACUACCUUGCCGUCCUUCCGGUGAACCCUAGCUCGGUCGUCCGCCGGGCGAUUCGUCGAUUUGACCUCCCCUGGGACGCAGUGCUCCGUGUUCAGAAGCCCCCUGGCUCGACCUCCUCCCCCUCUAUCCCCAUUGACACCCCGAUCUCCGCAUUUGAACUGCUAUCUACCUACAUCGAGCUCUCACAACCCGCAUCAAAGCGUGAUCUGAACGUCCUCGCCGACGCUGCUCUCGCUGAUGCCGAGACACAGGCCGAACUGCGCUACCUCGCCUCCAGCCCAAGUCGCUUCACCGCGGAAAUCGUCAAGAAGCGCGUGAGUCCCUUGGACCUCCUCACCCGCUACCCUGCAAUCAAGCUCCCCAUUGGUGACUUCCUCGCCAUGCUCCCUCCGAUGCGUGUGCGCCAAUACUCCAUCUCCUCAUCUCCUCUGGUGGACCCAUCUGAAUGCUCAAUCACAUUCAGUGUCCUGAGUGCUCCCGCGCUGGCAAAUGCCGACACCGAAAGCAGCGAGCAGUACCUCGGCGUGGCAUCAAACUAUCUUUCUGAACUCCAGGUCGGCGAACGUGCCCACAUCACCGUCCGCCCCUCUCACUCCGGCUUCAAGCCCCCCAUGGACCUGGACACCCCCAUGAUCAUGGCUUGCGCAGGUAGCGGCCUGGCUCCCUUCCGUGGGUUCGUCAUGGAUCGGGCCGAGAAGAUCCGUGGUCGCCGUACUUCCCCCGAUUCGGAGGAGCUGCAUUCUGACGCCGUCAAGCCCGCAAAGGCCAUUCUGUACGUUGGAUGCCGGACCAAGGGCCAGGAUGACAUUCACGCCGCGGAAUUGGCCGAGUGGGCAGAGCUUGGUGCUGUCGAUGUUCGAUGGGCCUUCAGUCGCCCCGUGGAAGGAAAGGGCCAGCAUGUGCAAGAUGUCAUGCUUGAGGACCGCGAAGAACUGGUGAAGCUGUUCGAAGAGGGCGCUAACAUCUAUGUCUGCGGCAGUACCAGCGUCGGUGCCGGUAUUCGCGAGGCUUGCAAGGAGAUGUACAUUGAAAAGCGUCGUGCCAAGCACUGCGAGCUCAAGGAGAAGGGGGAGACACCGGAUGGUGCUGACCUUGAUGAGGAUCAGGCUGCUGAGCAGUUCUUUGACAACUUGCGUACGAAGGAGCGGUACGCUACCGAUGUGUUUACCUAA